AUGCCUGAACGUGCACACCAGCUCACCGGAAUAUCCAUUAACAUACUAGCGAUACCCUCCUACUACUUCAGGGGCUCGCUUGUGCAUGCUAUCGUGACACCCCGACAGUUGGCCCACCUUUUGCGGGUGGUCAAACUAGAGGAUCUUCCGAGAAAAGCCAUCGCAAUCAUCAUGAAAACAGAUAAAUACGUACCGAUUUCCGAUUUUUACGCCGGAAGAUCGAUCUUCAUAACUGGAGGCACUGGAUUCCUCGGAAUUGUUCUAAUAGAGAAGUUAUUGUAUGGAUGUCCAGAUAUCGGCAACAUAUACAUUCUCGUACGAGAAAAGAAAGGCGUGUCUCCCGCAGAGAGAGUUAAGAACCUUGUCAAUAGCCCUGUUUUCGAAAGACUUAAAACUGAUAAACCAGAAAAUUUGAAGAAAAUAAUACCAGUUAUUGGAGACUUAACCGAGUUGAACCUGGGUAUUAGUACGCAAGAUCUGCAAAUAUUGUACGAUGAGGUAUCAGUGGUGUUUCAUCUAGCAGCCACUAUAAAGUUCAACGAACCGCUAUCGGUGGCUGUGAAAAUUAACGUCGGAGGUACCGAAGAAGUCAUUAAGCUUUGUCAAAAUAUGAAAAAUAUAGAAGUCUUCGUCUACAUGUCAACAAUAUUUUCAAAUACCGAUCACGAGAGGAAGACAAUCGUUGAAAAGUUAUACCCUAGUCCGAAGCAUAUGGACGAAGUCUACAGGAUGAUCGAGGAAAAUGAUCCGAAGGAGACAUUUAGCCCCGAAGUUUUAUGUGGCCGUCCAAAUACAUAUACUUUCACAAAAGCAUUAGCGGAGAACAUCGUUGCUGAAAAACGUGGAUCUCUACCCACCGUCAUGAUACGUCCAUCCGUAGUAACACCAGUUAAAGAUGAGCCCGCAAAAGGAUGGAUAGCAAACUGGAUGGGUCCCACGCCAAUCUUAACUUUAUUGGCUAAAGGUUGGGUCAGAGGAUUGUACGGAGAAAAUGAAUUUACCUUCGAGAUCAUUCCCGUAGAUUACGUCGUCAACAUGACAAUAAUAGCCGCUGCUAGACAGAACAGGUCAAAGGUGCUGUCGAUAUACCAUUCGUGUUCCACUGCCGAUAAUCCUCUCACAGUGCUUAAUGCUAAGAUCAAUUAUUUGAAAGAAAGUUCAAAACACAACUUCAAUGAAUUACCCUUCCCGGGAUUGAUUUUCACAACAUCCAAUUGGCUGCUGUUUAUAAUAGCAUUCAUUUUUCAAACUAUACCAGCCUAUUUAGGAGACUUAGUUUUAUACCUCAGUGGAAGACCUAUCAGGUACAUAAAAAUGCUUAAGAAACUAGAACUCUGUGUAUCUACACUCAAAUACUUCUCAUCUCGUUGCUGGGCAAUGAAAGCGUCGCGGGCGCAGGAAUUGAUAGGAACUUUAAACGAGCAAGAUAAGAAGAAAUUCCCCUGCAACCCACGUGAUAUCAACUGGGAAGAAUAUAUGGCAACGUAUUUCAAUGGCGUCAACAAAUACUUAAUAAAUCGUAGUAGUUAA